AUGACGCUGCAGUGGGACUACCUGACAAAGUUCAUCCUCGUCGGCGACUCAUCCGUCGGCAAGUCAUCGAUUCUCAUCCGGCUCACCGAGCAGCGCUGGCUAUCAGCCACGGACCCGACGAUCGGCGUCGAGUUUGGCACGCACACUGUCACCCUUGCGAGUGGCGAAAGAGUCAAAAAUCAGAUUUGGGACACAUGUGGUAGCGAAUCCUUCCGUUCCAUCACUCAAUCCUACUACCGAGGCGCAGCAGGAGCGCUGAUCGUCUACAACAUCGCAUCACGUCCUUCCUUCGAACAUGUCGCCGGCUGGCUGCGCGAUGUGCGAGGCCUAGCAGAAGAGGAUGUCACCGUCUUGUUGGUGGGCAACAUGAGCGACCUGGCCGAUGAGGGCGAUGGCGAACGGAGAGCUGUGAGCAAGGAGGAGGGUCAGAAGCUGGCGGAUGAUGAAGGCUUGCUCUUCAUCGAGACCUCGGCUCGCACGGGAGCCAACAUCGAGUCGGCCUUUGCACUUGCAGCAGAAGAGAUUCACCGCAAUUCCACGACAUUGCAAACGAACAAGCAGCGGCGCCGCCGGUGGCGGUCCCGCCGUUGUAGCUGA